AUGCUGCCGCUGCCGCCCGGGCUGCGCCGCCGCCUGCGGGAGGGGCCGCGUCCGCCCCUCGCGCCGCCGCCGCCGCCGCCCCGCGUCCCGCCGCCCCCACCCUUCACCUUCGCUCCCCGCCGCCUCCGCCUCGGUCCCCACCACCCGCUCCUCGAGGAUGGGGACGUUCACAGGCACCUCUACCUCCAGGGUGUCCUCACCAGCUUCGCGGAGGUGGCGGAGAGACCCAAGGUGUCUGAAUUCAGUUGCCACAUCUCUGGGUGCUGCCAGGUCUUUGAUACACUGGAGGGCUACGAGCACCACUACAACACGCUGCACAGGAACGUCUGCUCCUUCUGCAAGUGCUCCUUUCCGUCGGGGCACCUCUUGGAUGUUCAUAUCUUGGAGUGGCACGACUCGCUCUUCCAGAUAAUGGCCGAGAAGCAAAACAUGUACAAGUGUUUGGUAGAAGGCUGUGCGGAGAAGUUCAAGAGCAGCAAGGAGAGAAAGGACCACUUGGUCACCGUUCACCUUUAUCCUGCUGACUUUCGGUUUGAUAGACCGAAGAAAGUGAAAAGUGGCCCCAAGCACGUGAGCUGUCCCACGAAGCAGCGUGCCAGCGUGCCGAUGGAUGUGAGCGUGGAGACGUCGGAGCGAUUCCAAGUGGACCCCAUGGAGAUAGGGCCCGGUGAGAACAUGGAGAUCCCUCAGCCUGCAGCCAGUCCCGGCCCCUCGGUGCCGGAGAAACGACUCUAUAAAUCCAGGAUCCCAUCCUCGAUUUGCUUUGGACAAGGUGCCACCCGAGGAUUUAAAGGACCCAGGAAGAAAGUCUGAAGUGUUCUUAAAAGCUCCCAGCGAGGACAGCCCUUGGGACGGCACGCAGACGUGGGGCGGGUUGAACUCCGCAUCAGUUGCUCCCAUUAAAGAGUCUCGGACUGUGGUGGAGCACUGCGACGUGGAGGUGAGAGGGAAUCAGCUGCUGGAGCUGAGGUGACGCAGGAUCUUUUUUUUUUAUUUUUUGCCUUUUUGGGGGAAAAAAUAGAUUCAAGAAAUUCCAAGACAAAAUCUGCUGACUGUACGGAAGCUGGAGCUACCGACAAAAAAAGAAAACAACAAAAAAAAAGCAUUGGUCCCUAACUCUGACCUUCUCCGUCUUGCUGAAGUCUGCUCUGCUCCCCGGCGCUUGCUCUGAAACCCACGCGAAAGGUUUGCCAGGGCCGGGGAAAGCGUUCUGGUGCCUUGCAGCUUAUUUCCACGGGGAGUUAAAAUAAAGUGACUAUC